AUGGAGGAUGUGAGGGAGACAAAAUGCAGCCUGUUCCUCUGUCAGGAAAAACCAGACGUUACCCAGCCUGUAAUAUUUAACCCGGACUUCUUUGUGGAGAGGCUGAGACAUGAGCAUCCGCAGAUUUACGCCGAUUUAGUGCUCAGCAACAUAACUCGGCUCAUAGAUCUGCCGGGAGACGAGUUUGCCCAGCUGACCGGGGAGUUGGAGCCCAAGAUGCCCUCAUCAUCAUCCACUGCUUUUCUGCGCUCCUUCAACUUCCGCAAACGGAAAGAAAAGGGAGUGAUAUUUGGAGCGCCAUUAACUGAAGAAGGAAUAGCCCAGAUCUAUCAACUUAUUGAAUACCUGAGUAAAAACCUUCAUGUGGAAGGGUUGUUUCGGGUUCCAGGCCACAGCUUGAGGCAAGCAGCAUUAAGAGAGAUGCUGAAUAACGGAGCUGAGAUAGAUCUGGAGACAGGUGACUUCCAUCCCAAUGAUGCUGCUACUUUGCUCAAGGUGUACCUUGGAGAGUUGCCAGAGCCUCUGCUCACACAUAGACAUUAUCAUGCUCACCUGAAGAUUGGAGAUUUGACUCGUUUUGACGAGAACGGGAAUAAAACUGAUGUCCCCAAUAAGGAACGGCAGAUUGAAGCAUAUCAGCUGCUUUUUAUGUUGCUCCCACCGACCAACCGCAGCUUGAUGAAGCUGCUGCUAGACUUACUGUACCACACGGCCCGCACUCAGCACUUGAACAAGAUGUCUGCUAUUAACUUGGCCACGAUGUUCGCUCCACAUAUCAUCUGGCCCAAAAAUGUGACUGCAAGUGAUCUCCAGGGAAGCAUAGAGAAACUGAAUAAUGGGGUAGCAUUUCUCAUCCGGCACUCACAAAAAUUGUUCAAGGCACCUCUCUAUAUCAACAAAUAUGCUCGAUUAUACUACACUGGAUCCAAAAGUCUGCAGUCAAAUGAUGACCUGAAUCUCGCUUCAGGAAGCAAAACUGGCCCCACCACUGUGAUUGCAGCUUCGUCCCCUUCCCCCUCCGUAAGAUCAAUCACAGGUGAGACGAGCAGAACCAGCACCAUCCACCCUUGUGAAAAUCAGAGCUAUACUGAGUCUUGCCUCAAAGAACUGUACAAGGAGGUCAACAGUAUGCCAGAGUCUGCCAAGAAGCAAAAACUCAUCAGACAGUUGGAAAAGCAGCCUGACCCGACUUCUUCUGCAGAGACCCGGACACCGUUUAUCAGGAGACACUGGCGUUCUCGCUCUGCGGGUGGAUUAAUCAAGAGAAAGGGAUUGGGGGCCAAAGUCUCAAUGGACAAAGACAGCAGCAAAGUGAAGAGUGUUCCUCCGAGCUCCUGAAGUGAUGGGUAGAUUAAUAGAAACAACUCAAAAGCAGAAUGGUAAAUCACUAUUUAAGGACUGUACUUCUCAAAGCCUCUGAAACAUCAAUCCGAUCAUCUAUAGUCUUAAAGAAGCUAUGCUAAUUUAUUUGCUGUAAAGUUUACAAGAGCAGUUGUUACCUGUUGUAUUUUUUUUUUUUUUAGCAUUUUGUGUUUCAUUUCCUAAGGUGUGAAACUUGUUGGUUUAAAAAUGUCCCAAAGAAAAUAUGAAACUAAAUUCUAACAACAGUUACUAAACAGCAGGAUACUUACAGUAAAUUUCAGGCCAGUGGAUUUCUUUUAGCAAUAUUCAGUAUGAUAUUAUUGGAUUUUGGUUUAAGAAUUAAUAUUUUUUCUAAUGCUAUGUUACAUUUGUUUUCUGCCUCAGAUGUCUUAAAGAAAAUGUGAUUUUCUGUUUGUUUUGUUGGUUCUGUAGGAAUGUUGCCUACAGAAAAAUGUGCCUUAAACUAGACAUUUUCUGAAAUGUUAAGUUGAGUUUCUCUUCUAGUUUUCCUGUCAAAUAUGACAAAAAAUAGGAAAGACUUUAUUUGAUAUAAAUGAUUCUGUUAUUAGUACAGGGAGAUUUGUAAAAGGGAGAUUAAAAGAAAUGCAAAAAGAUUCUUAUUUUUUUUCCUCCUGAAAAAAAAAUUUGUGUAAACACAGAUUUCUUAUACUACUGAUACUUUAAGCUGUGUCGUAGCCUAUUCUUUAUUUAUGUGCAAAAUUUAGUACAGUUUAAGAUCCCAAAAUAGUUUGUUUGCUUUUUUGGCCAAAGUUUUUAUUAUGUCUCAUUUUAAAAUGUUUUUAUUAUAUACUAGAUUUAGUAAAUGGAUGAUGCUGUUGCUUCUCCAGAGCUAUGCAACUUACUGUAACACUUUAAAACUUUUUCUUAAGCUUAUUUCUGUUUUUGAAUAUCUGGUGUGUGAUUAAGUAAGAAAGUUAUUUUUUUUUAAACUGUCUUUGUCACUUUUGUUCUGUACUUUCCUUUGCAACCACAAGGUGAUGCAGUUUAGUCGCAAAUGGUUGUGAGCUACGGAGCCCUCUACUCAACAUGUUGCAUUUGGAGAUGAUCCAAGAUGCCUUUCUUCUUUAUUGUUACCUUUUUUUGAGCUCAUAUUCUGUAAUAUAAACAGUCAGAUGAUAGUUAAAUUUUUAAAGGGCAUAAAUUUAAUGUUGAACACUGCAAAAUGACCAGUGGUAGCAAAGACAAAUUCCUUAGGGAAAGAAGUGAAUAUUUUUUGGAUAAUGUUUUUUGUGUGCUUGUGUAUGUGUUGGGGGGUGAGUAUAUAUCACAGAAACAUAUGUGAUUUUUUUCUUUUGUAUUUCUAACUUCUUCACAAAAGCGAAUUGGUUUCAGUGAAGCAAUGUAUGGUUUUUCAAGGAGGGCUUUUUACUCCCUUUGGUAUUCCACAAAAAUAGACUGUGAACUGAGUCCAGUAGACUGUAAUUUUAUAAUUUAUGUGGUUUGUUUUGGUCCUUUUCCCUGAAUUUGCCAAAUCUGUCCCUUAUAUAAAAUGUAAUAUAAUGGAUGUUGAUGGAAGAUAAACAGUUUGUGAAACCCUGGAAAUGUUAA